CGCGACGUCGGUUUUUCAUCUUGUCAGUCAGCUUUCCUGCUCUCAGAAGAGCGGAUCGGUCUCUUUUUCCGUAUUUUCCGCGGCGAUCUUAUCUAAGAAGCUGUCACACGUGAAACGAUGAAGUGUCGUGUAACGAGACAAGUCCCGACGAUGAUGCGUAUCGCCCUUGUCGUGGCGGUAGUGCACGCAUCGCCGGCCGAACCCUUGCCCUCCAGCCUGCUCGGUGGAAUUGGUAACGUCGCAAAUACCGCAACUAAUUUCCUAACGGGAGUCGUGCAACGGCAAAAAGAACUAUUGCAUCGCGUUACGGACACUGCCGCGGACUACAUUACCAGCGCGGUAGAGAAGCCGAGAAAUUUAUUGCUCAACGCUACUAGGAUGACGACUGGUUAUAUUGACAAUGCAGCCUCAAUGGGUCUCGAGUUCAAGCUGAAAAGAUUUCUAGAGAAAUUCCGUACUCGGAUGCGCAACGGUAUUGCAGAGCUGGGUAUACCUCCGCUGGAGCCGUUCACUCUCGACGAGAUUGACAUCGACACGGAUAAUCCAGAAAUCGGAAAAAUAUCCUUAGUCAUUGAAAACCUGGAACUGAGAAACCUAUCGACUUUCUUAAUCGACCGAGCUAAGUUAUCGCUAAUCGGCCCUACCAUCACCAUCAAUAUCUCCAUACCCGAGAUUUAUGCUUCAGGCCAUUACAACAUUUCCGGGAUCCUGGGCGAUACGUAUCCACUACGCGGUGCGGGUUCAUUUCAGACAAUUGUACGCGACUUCCGCAUUUAUGUGAACACCGUGCUGGGCUAUGCCAGAGGAAUGUACUUGAAGAAGUUUGACCUCGACUUUUCGCUGCGCGCUAUCAAAAUGCAUUUAGAAAACUUUAUGGGCGGCGAAGAAAUCGGACAAAUUAUGAGCAAGGUAUUCGAAGAUUUAACACCGGAAGCACUGGACGUCAUUAAACCGGAUAUAUUGCCUCCGAUUCAGGAUUAUGUAGCGAGCCACGUGAACGAGACGAUUCAUCAUUUAACUAUGAGAGAUCUGUUCCACGUCCUCCUAGGAAAAUACGAAUUCGGAGAUAUCACGCAUCUACUGAUACCCUGAAGAGAUAUCCGUGAAAACGUAACCGAAAUGCAUCGCCGAAUUAUCGGGCCGCGCAAUUACGAGCGCAAGCUUAAUGUGUCUGAAAGUGCCUUCGUUCAAGGCGUAAGGGAUUGAUUGCAAUCGAGGUACAAUGCACUCCGUUGCGAUGGAACGAACAUUACCGCCGCGACGACAAUAAAACACGACAAGUUAAGUUGAUUUCAAAGUCAGCUUUGUGUUACGUAAUAUGUGUUGAUCACUCGAAGGUCUUUGACUACCUUGCCUGAUGUUCACUUCUGAUUACCCAUUGUCUUGCCGAAGAAGGAUUGUUUUAUACACAAGUGCGAAUUGUUGACUUCCUUUCGUUCAUUUCUCUCUUGUUAAACGUUAUGUUAAAUUAUUUUCAAAAAUCCUUAUUCGAAAUAAUCAAUUUGCUCAAAAAAGUAUAUUGAAGCUUUAAUUGUUGGAUACGCACUGCUUAUUAGAGAAAUUAAGAUUGAGAGAACUAGUUUACGCCAUAGAUAUCGUAUACGCAUACGAUUUACAUAUGAAUGAACCAUACGAUAACACAUCUCGUUAGCAUCUGCUUGGAAACUUGACGUAACUUUGAACGAAGACACCGUCAGGUGAAUCUUCUCAUCACCCGCCCGCCGCGAGCGACUGCCGCGGGUGUAUCAGUGAAAGAGGCAAAAUGUUUAAUUCAUCGAAUCGCUCGGCGCUUCGAAUCUGGCGCAUCUUUAGCCGCUGAUAAAGACGAGCGAAAGUAUUACAACCUUGAAUGGCGAUGUCGUCAAAUCUUCAGCAUUGCGACAUCGACGCCGGCCAUUCAUCCACCCAGAUGUCAGUGAAUAAUGACAAACGAUGCGAGACCGUGAAAGAUGAUUUUACAGUGAUGAAAACUAUCCGCAAAAUGGCUCGCCAUUCUUUUCGAAACUGUUGUACAAAGCAUUUAAACCUUUUAGCGUGUGCCAUACAUCGCGCAUCAAUCUUCUUUGUUUACCGUAUGCUACAUAAAGUUUCGUGAACACUUUGAAAGCCAGAGAAGCCAAAGUUAAAAGGAGAAACUGAUUGAGAUUCUUACGCUUAAUUAUAGUUUCGUUUCUUUUUAUACAGAUAAAUAGUAAUAAUUUAAUUUGG